CAAUUAAAAUAUUAGUUUAAAUUUAGUGUCUUAACAAAGGUGAUUUGUAGCGAUAUCAAAAUAAAAAGUAGCUAUCGACUUCAUUAUUAAAAAAUAUACAAAAAAUAUACUCAUAAAAUGGGCACAUCCAAUGCAAAUGUUCAGAAAGAAAUUGAAUGCGUGCUCAUUAGUGAUGAAGAUGAUGAUGAUGUACCGGAGAAGACGGUGACUGUUAAACCGGGUUCGUACAGUACAAACGACAUCAAAAUUAUUGUUGACGAACCAACGUCCAAUUUUUUAUUGGACGAUAGCGAAGGACGACGUGUUAGCCGUCGCGUUCGAAAAAAUAAAACCGACAGCGAUGAUGUCAAAAAUAUCGAUCAAUCAAGAGGUGGACGAAGCAAUGGCAAUGACCACACAAAUGACACAUACAAAAACAAUCCGAUUUCAUCCACUUCACACACAAAUGUAGAAAAGAAAAAUGCAUAUGGCACCGCCGAAAAUCGCACCGAAACAAGAUCGAGAAAAAGAGAACGCUCACCAAGUCCCGUCCCAACCGAUAAUGCAAAGGAUAAUGAUCCCAUUCAAUUCAAAGAGAUUUUAGCUGGUUUGGAGGGAGCUGCAUUUCAGUCAAGGUUACCGUUUGAAAAAAUGACUUCGGGUGAAGCCAGUUGUUUUUCAGACAUCACGAAGAACGGCUUGGCAGCACAACGGGUAUUCUUGAAUAUUCGAAAUCGAUUGCUACAAAUGUGGAUUGAAGACCCAAAGACGCAGCUCACCUUUGAAAAUGCACUGAAAAAAAUUGAAAAACCGUUCGAUAGCGAUCAUCAGUUGGUGCGAAAAAUUCAUGAAUAUUUGGAACGGCAUGGUUUCAUCAAUUUUGGCAUUUUUAAGCGAUUAAAACCGAUACCUACUAAAAAACUUGGCGUCAAAGUCAUUGUCAUUGGUGCUGGUAUUUCAGGUUUGGCAGCUGCUCAACAGCUUCAGCAAUUCGGAAUGGAUGUGAUCGUUCUGGAGGCUCGUGAUAGAGUUGGUGGCCGAAUCGCCACAUUUCGAAAGAAUAAUUACUAUGCCGAUAUGGGUGCAAUGGUCGUAACUGGAAUAUACGGUAAUCCGCUAACAACGAUAAGUCGACAAACUGGAAUGAAAAUGAUUCCGAUCAAGCAAUCAUGCCGUUUAUAUGGCCCCGAUGGGAAACCAAUAAGCAAUUUAAAAGACGAAAUGGUUGAACGUGAAUUUAAUCGAUUGCUUGAGUCAACUAGCUACUUAUCACACCAGCUCGAUUUCAAUUAUGCGGGCAACACACCGGUUUCACUUGGCCAGGCUCUCGAAUGGAUCAUCAAACUACAGGAAAAACAUGUGAAAGAAAAGCAAGUCCAACAUCUCCAUAGUAUUAUCACGAUACAACGAAAAAUCAUUGAAAACGAAGAAGCCAUUGCAAACCAAAUUGAGAAGGUGAAAGAAUUAAAAGAUCUCUAUGAACGUUUAGUUGAUACACGUCCCGUACGGUCGAAUGAAAAUAGCGGCACGUAUUUGGAGCACGAAUUUAAAGUUCGGAGCACAUCACGCGAUUGGAGCGUGGCUCUGAAGGAAUUGGAAAAUCUACAAACAAACAAAGAAUCAUUGGAGUCAAAUCUUAAAGAUUUGGAGCUAAACCCACCGAGCGAUGUGUAUUUAAGUUCAAGUGACCGUCAGAUUUUGGAUUGGCAUUUUGCGAAUCUUGAAUUUGCAAAUGCAACACCGCUUCAGAACCUGUCACUCAAGCAUUGGGAUCAAGACGAUGAUUAUGAAUUUAUCGGAAGCCAUACAACUGUACAAAAUGGAUAUUCGUGUGUACCGAUUGCAUUGACAGAUGGCCUGGACAUUCGUGUCAAUACGGCAGUGAAGAAAAUUAAAUAUUUCGAAGGCGGCGUCGAAGUAACGGCUGAUAAUUUAAAAACUAAUAAUUCCACCGUUGUUUAUAAAGCCGAUUUGGUACUGUGCACUCUAACACUUGGUAUUUUAAAACUUGCCAUUUCACCACUGUCAGUGAAUCAAGAAAAUACUGUUCAAUUUCAUCCACCAUUGCCGGAAUGGAAGAAAAAUGCAAUACAACGAUUGGGAUUUGGUAAUCUAAACAAAGUCAUUUUAUGCUUUGAUCGCAUCUUCUGGGAUCCAAAUACCAAUUUAUUCGGACAUGUGGGAAGUACAACGGCCAGUCGAGGUGAAUUAUUCUUGUUUUGGAGUAUAUCACAGUCACCGGUUCUAUUGGCUCUGGUUGCUGGCCAGGCGGCUGCUAUAAUGGAAACAGUUUCCGACGAUGUAAUUGUUGGUCGUUGCAUCGCUGUGCUCAAGGGGAUCUUUGGCGUAACAGCUGUUCCACAACCAAAAGAAACUGUUGUCACCAGAUGGCGGGCUGACCCAUGGGCGCGAGGUUCAUAUAGUUUUGUAUCGGUUGGCUCAUCCGGUAGCGAUUACGACUUGCUAGCCGCUCCAGUCAAACCGUACGAUGAAAAUACUCCCGAUGAAGAAAAGCCAAACGAAAUGCCACGCCUUUUCUUUGCCGGCGAACACACAAUUCGAAAUUAUCCAGCGACUGUUCAUGGUGCUUUCUUAAGCGGUUUACGUGAAGCUGGUAGAAUUGCCGACCAUUUUUUGGGCUUUCCCACAACAAGUGUGCCAUCAUCAAAUGACAUGUUGAACAAUCAUCAGCAAGCAAAUAAGAAAAGUUAAAAUUAACACACACACACAUCAAUAGCAUUUCAAUUGAAAUUAUCUGUGGAUACGUGCAUUGGCACCACAGAAAACUUGCAAUAAAAAAAUCAAAUCAUU